UCUCCAUUAAAAGAAACUUAGGACAGAAAGUCGAAACCCAGGGGGUGAGAUUCAAGGAUUUAUACGAACAAAAAGCUCUCAAAGUGCAAAGUAUCUAUAAAAGCUAUAAUGAAGAAAUAAAAGAAUUUGAUAAAAAAAUAAAACAAGCCGCAAAAAAAGACGGUACAGACGAAAAAACUGUAGAAUGGUUAAUAAAAUGGAAUGAACAUUAUGGGGAACUUGCAAAAGGAUUGAACGCGUCCGCUGUACAAUUCCUUGCUGCAGUUGAUAAGCUUGGGGAAAAAUUAGGGAAAAAAUAA